AUGUCCAAAGCUGCUAUUGACGUGUUGGCCGGAGUCCUGAUGGGCGUCUGCUGCCUGGUGGGGAUCCCGGGCAACGUGUGGGUAGUGGUGGUUGUUGCCCGCAGGUACCAGCCAGACAACUUCUCCCUGAAGCUGAUGCUGAGCCUGGCGGUAGCCGACCUGCUGUCGCUGCUGCUGCUGCCCAUGGAGCUCUACAACCUGAUGGCCGCCUGGGCGCUGGGGGAAGUGGCCUGCCGCCUGCUCUUCUUCCUGCUCUACUGGGGCCUACACGCCAGCGUCUUCAGCGUGGCCAUGCUGAGCAUCCAGAGAUACCUGCAGGUGCUCCACACCCAUUGUUGGACACGGCUCCAGGGCUCGGGGCAGCAGGCCCUGCUGGUGUCUAUGUGGGCCAUGGCGGCCUGCAUCUCCUCGCCCUGCCUGGUGGUCAGGGGGGUGCACAACUCCACGUGUACAUCCCGCUACCAGGACGACGUGGAGGAGGCUAUGGUGCUGGUAUGCCAGACCCUCUUCGGCUUCGUCAUCCCCUUCGCAGCCAUCGUGUCGCUGUAUACCUGCCUGCAGAGGCGCGUCACUCAGAUGGUGGUCCUCAGGACGCGUCGCACCACGCGGCUGGUGACCUACAUCGUGGUCACCUUCUCCAUCUUCUGGACGCCGAUGCACCUCUUCAACGUGCUGGCCCUGGGUGCCAUGGCCUUCCGGUCCCUUGAGCUGGAGAACGUGUGUAACAAGAGCUGGCCCUUCCUCAUGGCUCUGUGUCUGGUCAACGCCUGCCUCAACCCCUUUCUCUACGCCUUCGCCCACAAGCAGCUCCACACCACCCCAAAUACACUGCAGCCGUCCAUACACAGACCCAUGGCUAUUCCCAUACCUCGCUGA